AGACGGCGGGUCAGUUCAUGUACGACACCAGGUUUCGCUACGAUCGUUCGGUGUUCUCUCAUUGCCGGUCGUCAGUAAUAAACUUGAUUUUAAAGCAGAACUAGUUUAACGUUGAACGUGUUCACAUUAUUUUCAAUUAAAUCGACGGGGAUAAUUAUUUGUGUAAAUUUUGGAAUAGAUCGAACCGACGACAAACCGAUAUAUAUAUAUAUUCUGCCCUUUGGUGUUUCACAUGAUAUCAAUCGGCAAACAGGAUGUUAGUACCGUUCCUGCUUUUAACCAGUCUAAUUGCAUCGACUCUAUCUUUUAACGGCGAGUUAACUGAACAAGAAUGUCCGGUCGACUGUCACUGUCACUACUUUCGUAUCAACUGGGUGACCGAUUGCUCGGAAAGCAACCUGACCAGCAUCUCAUACAACGAACUCAGUCCCAACGUUUAUGUACUUGACAUGAAUGGCAAUAAUAUAAAACACGUUGCACCGUUUCCACAUGGUAUUAAAUUGAGGCGACUUCAAAUGGCACAUAAUCAACUUGACCAACUCAAUUACGAAUCUUUCGCCGGGCUGACGUAUCUCUUGGAUGCGGACUUUUCGUUCAACGCCAUCACUCACGUCGAUUCGGAAGCUUUUAGGGACAGCGCAGGCUUGAUCACGUUGGAACUUCAGAACAACCCGAUAGCAACGGUGGAGGGUCCUUUCCUAAAUUGUCGGUCGCUUCUCUAUUUGGAUUUGAAUUCAUGCGGCAUUCAUAAACUGAAUAACCAAUUUUUUCACAACACGACUAACCUGAACAAACUCGAUCUAUCUCACAAUCCUCUACAAAGGAUAGAACCAGGCCCGUUCGACCACUUGACCAAUCUCGAGUAUCUCAAGUUGAACGCCUGCAACUUGACUCACUUGUCGCCCGAUACUUUCGCUCAUUUGGAAAAUUUGCGAGAACUCGAGAUGCAGGAGAACGAUUUGCGAACGUUAAGUUGGACUAACGUAUUAGCUCCGCUCAUUCGUUUGGAGAAUCUCGACAUAAGGAAAACUUCGAUCACCAAUCUACCGGGCGAUGCUUUCGCUAAAAACUUGUACCUUCGACAAUUGGUAUUGGCCGACAACGAACUCUGGCAUUUGGACGUUGGCAAUACUCUUGGUCACAAUCUCCACAGCUUGCAAUCCUUGGACUUGUCCAACUGUAAUCUUCAGGAUCGUUUGUCCGAAGAGGCUUUCAAAAAUGCCAGUAAGCUUCGAGUAUUGAAUCUGAGCGGCAAUCCCAUGUUCGCAGCUGACCUCACUGUAAUCUUACGGCACUUACCUAAGCUUCACAAACUUUCUCUCAGCCAUUGCAACUUACGUAAAUUGCCGACCGCUUUCGAGGUUUUCGAAAAUCUCGAAGAACUCGAUAUCUCUAACAAUCCACUUUCGGAUGCGUUCGUGAGCUUGUUGAAUCCAUUAAGCUCCUUGGAAUAUUUAGACAUGUCUUAUUGUAACCUCGGUCACGUUGCAAACAACACCUUCGCUCAAAUGACAUCUCUUAAGAAACUGAUAUUAUCAGGAAACAAGCUUCACACGUUGGAGGAAGGUUUGUUCGCCAACUUGACGAGAUUGGAAAGUUUAGAGAUGAGUAAUUGCGAUCUUCGAAACCCGAUCGAUCUAAAAGUUUUCGGUGAUCGCAACGUCACAAACGUGAUCGAGUUGAAGCUCAGUGGUAAUCCACUUAGCAUUUCCAACCAGGGAGCACUCUUGCCUGCGCAACUAUCCAAUCUCGAAAUUCUUGACAUAAGCGAUUGUGGUCUUUCUCAUUUACACCAAAACGUAUUCUCCAAAACUAAAAAUAUCACUCGGUUGAAUCUUUCGGGCAAUGAAAUAUCCGGAACGGGAGAUUUGACUUGCUUGAAGAAACUAAAAUCUUUAGAACAUUUAGAUCUCAGCAAUAACAAUCUACGAACCGUCAAUCCUAAAGUCUUCAAAUCAAAUCCGCAUCUUUUGUCGGUUAAUCUAUUAGGGAAUCCAUUCGUUUGCAAUUGCUCGAUCGCGGACAUGUGGGACUGGGCUGAAAAAGUAAAGAGCGAUCUUCACGUACUAGUUGGUAGUCAGCCUGCCAAUUUCGGAACAGGUGCCGAAAAACUUCGAAGGAGUUUAACUUGCACUUACGACGAAAAUACCUAUCGUACCAUCAUGGAUCAGAAUAAAUCGAAGGGUCGUAAGGGUGAUAUCACGCCAAGCCGUACGUGGGCGAAAUACAUUCGCGAGUCGAAUUGUGCUCGUCGUUUAUGAUAUACGAUGAAAACUCGGCAACAUCCUAUAUUGAGCUUGUUCUAUCAACGAAAACGUAAAAUCAGGCUAGAGCUAUAAACGUUGUAAUAAUUUUGGAUGUGCCGAUUGCAUAAAACUCAUAUAACUGUUUAUUUUUAUUUUUUAUUUUAUUUUUUUUUUCUUUUUCUUUUUUUUUUUUUGGUUUGUUUGUUUGUUUGUUUGUUUGUUCCUUCUUUUUUCUUUCUCGAAGAGAAUUGAACUGCGACGAGCAAACAACGGAGGAGACGGAUAAUCUUUCUCGUACUAUCGAUCAAAACUUAUGUUGAAUAUUUUCUCAAAGAUGAAUUAUAUUUUUCUUUCGGAUAACGAUUUGAAUUCUGCAUACUCUAUGAAAGAUUAUAUUAUCUUACACUUACAUCGAACGAUAAGUUUCUAAUUCAUUGUAUAUUUAUACGUACGUAUAUAUAUAUAUAUAUAUAUACAUACAAACACAUAACGUAUGUACGUAUGUAUCGUGUAUGUAUGUAUGCAUAAGUGUGUCUUUUAUCUUAUCACAAAGACUUCGAAACAUCAGACGUGUAAUUUACAGUAAGAGCAUAAAUCGAAGUUUACGUUUUUUUUUUUUCCUUUUACGAAGAAACGAUACAAUCUCUUGUUUUUUUCUUUUGCAAACGUACUUCUUGAAUCUUUGUUCAAUCGACGAUAUUGUGUAAUAAUCUCGCAGAAACGAGCCUUUGUUCUCGAGAAAAAUCGAUCAUAAUCGUUAACUGCCAAGCGAGAAUGUGCGAGUAAACAAAAUGAAUAAACAAAAUCAAAGGAAUUAAUGGCUAUAUAAUAGGUAUGUGAAGUCCAUCGUAAGGGAAAUGAGAACA